CUCCAUUUUCAGGUGAGGAAACUGAGGCACAGAGAGGUGAAGCAACUUGCCCAAGGCCAUAGAGCGGAAAAGAGGCAGCUGUGGAAUCUGAGCCAGGACAGGGCCCGGGCAGGGACUCCGGUAACUUGUCCCACCCACCGAGACCGUUCACACGACCGACCGAAGACACGUACUGAUGACCUCACAAUACUCGUGGACCCAGUGCUUUACAUACGUCAGAUAAUCUUAUCUGCCCAGCAGCUUGGGGGUGGGUGCUUGUCUUAGCCCCUCCCACAGAUGAGGAAACUAAGGCUCCGGGUCCUCAACCCGCCAAGGUCACACGCGCAGAAGGGGGCAGAACUGGGAUGUCACGGCCACGUUCACCCCCAAGGCCUGUUCUCUCACAUCCUCUGUCCCUGCCCAGACCCUGUCCGGGGCACUGGUCCCAGAGGCGAGGAGAUGAUAAUGAUGGUGACAAUGAUGGUGAUGACGGUCAUGAUGGUGACAGGGAUGAUGAUGGCGAUGGUGACUAAUACUCGGCUCUCACUCUGUGCCCCGGUCCUCAGCACUCAGCAGAUGACACUUCAUUUAGCCCUUACAGCAACCCCGGGAGAAGAAAGGGACGGGGCAAGCAGGAGAGGGGUCAGGCAGCUCCAGAGACCCGGCUGUCUGCACAGAAAGGAGAGCAUAACUGAUGACCCCGAGAAGAGAGGCAGACCCAGCUCCCUUCCGAGUCGAAGCAGAAGCAACAGGGCGGCAUCCUUGCGAAGAGGACGACCUUCUUUGGGGCCUGCCCACAGAGCCACCCUGCCUUCCCAGGGGGAAGGAGGCGUGGUGGUUCCUGUAGGAUAUACGUGCCCCGAAGCACUCACCGUCCACCGCACGUUUAAUGAACUCGCAAUAUUCCCUCCUCUCCCCUCCCCUCGAGCAAAGCUUUCUGGCUGGAGGAGUGGGUAGUGAACCACCCCCCACAAAGAGGAGAAGAUGGCCAAGAUGUCUGGAGCCCAGAAUAUUUCUGGGAGCUUCUCAAGAAACCAGGAACGUUGGUCCUCCCGGGAAGGAAAGCCAGGUCAGGAAGGGGCAGGGAGAAUGUUUUUUCACUGUAGACCCCACAUGUACCACCGGCACGUACGUCCUGCCCCAAAAUAAAUGAACUCGGUUAAAAGUUUUUUUAAAAAA